AUGGCUGCGGCCAUCAUACUCUCAAAGCUCGCGGUCGCAUACACAUUCCUCCCGUACGGCGGUGGACCGCCGCCAAAGAGAGGCGAGGCCGAUGGCUCUCGCGAAGCGCAGCUGCAAGCGCUGGGGGUGGCUGUGGACGCCGGGCCCUUUCGCUCUCGGCGCGAGGCGACUCACCUCCUGCGGCGAUGGCUGGAGCAAUACUGGGAGUGCAAGAAGCUCGACAGUGGCGACAACUCGUGCUUCGAGUUUGGUGGCUGCCAUCGGCGUUGCUGGUGGCGAGGCGCGACCCCAGAGCUCGUCUUCCAGCUGGAAGAGCUGGGUGCGGCGGCGGCGCCUCCGGACGACCAGCCGUUGGCCUACUUGCGCGCUCGAGCUGCGGCGGAUUGCUUGCGAGCAGCACGCCUGCACCACCGCGAGGUCCUGCGACUGCGCGGCAUCGUCGUCUCUCUCGAUGCGUCGCAUCACUACUGCGCGCUGCGGCCGGCGGCGCCACGCGUGCACAGUCUCGGCGUGCGAGCGAGCGCCGUGGCAUUGUACCCGCUGCCCGCCGUCUAUCUGCCCGGCUCGCAGUGCGUGGUGCGCAACAUCGAGGCGCGGAACAUCGCCAUGUGCAGGGAGCGCGCCGAGUUUGUCGCCGCUCGCGUCUCCGCCGACCGGGCGAGCUGCGCAAGCGUGGGCGCGCUGCUGAGGAUUGACGACGUGCGACCCGCGCCGCGCGACUACUCAGGCCGCGUGCUCGCCGAAGGCGCGUCGGAAAACGAGCGAGGGGUGCUCGAGGUCCGGUGUUCCGUGGUCGGGCGCGUGCGAGUUGUCGCGUGCGCAAACCUCGAGGCGUGGCGAAAGCCGCAGCGGGACGAGUACCUGGAGGUUUGGUGGAUGGGCGCGGCGGCCGCGAGUGACGUUGCGGACGCCAUCUACCAGCUGAUCGAUGCUCUGCUGGCGACCGACGGCUUGAGCGGCGCGGCGGGCGCGAAAGACAUUGACGCGUUGGUCGGCUCGCUCGAGCGUGCGGCGGCGCUGGCCGAGGAGGCCGACUGGUGGGGCGCGCUCGAGCUGUGGCAGGCGCACUGCGCCACGCGGCAGGCCGGCGCGGCGGCGGCACACCGCGCCGAGCGCGACGAGCUGCUCAUCGACGCAAAGUUGCGCCAGGGCGGCGCUCUCCAGAUCCCGGUGCGCGAGGAGACGCUCGAGCAGGCCGACCGGGCCAGGCUCGCUGACCUGGACGCGCGCGCGGCGGACGCCAUCGCUCAGACGGGCGUCGACGACGCUUCCGCCUUUCAGGCGUGCCUCGAGGCGCGCACCCCGGCGGAGCGCGCCGCCAUCCUCCUCGCACGGCGUCCAGAGGGAGGCCGAGCGAUUGGCGCGGAGGGCGGCGCUCGAGCGCGCGCUGGGCGCGUAGUGGGAGCGGACCGUGAGUUGAGGAAAUCGGAGGACGCGACCCACUUCGCCACAGACGGUCCCGCGCCUCGCCGCUAUGACGGGGACACACCCCGCACCAUCCGCUGUGUCCCCGUCUUUGUCCGGAGUGAAAAGUCCAACGCGCUCGUCGGUGACGGCUUCCUCCAACCUGCGCCGCGCUCGGCGAACCUCGACAGCGCUUUCGGUGGCAUGCAGCUCUUUGCGCCUGAAGCCUUGAGAGCAGCUCCUCUGCUGCUCACACGCUCUGCACAGUUGGCACAGCCUACUGUGCGGCUGCCGCAGCUGUGA